UCGCCACGGUGUGGCUGUUCUACUCCGCAACAGUGUGGCGACUUCUGGUUUGUAACAGUGCCCCCGCUUGUAGCGAGACGCAAGGAGCACCUGUCUGCGGAUCUACCUGAGCGAUCACCUGAGCACAGGAGACUGACCGCAGCACAUGAACAGAGAGGAUGAGCGCAGGCGGAGCGGGCUUGGGGCUGGGAGCGGGCCGGGACAGGAGCGCUGACGGCCGCAGACUUCACACCUUUCAAAACAUAGAUCCACAGUGCGGGGCGGCGAGAGCGUCCCGGUUACCACAACCCAUGGACCGUAAGGCGCAGUCGGGCGCGGCGGAGCGGGGGCGACCCAGGGCCGCCGGAGGAGGAGGGACGGGCGCCGGCAUCUGCUGCGAGAAGUGCAACGCCCGGCUCGUCGAGCUGAAGCGGCAGGCCCUGCGGCUGUACGUGACUUCUCGGGGGCUCUUGGCUCACAACGUUACGGACUCUGACAUGUCGGCAUCGCUAGCGGAGAAACUGCAGAUCCCCGAGGGUCUGCAGAAGGGCUGGAGCAGCGACCACUGCGAGACGUGUGCCACUCACCUGGACCAGCUGAAGCAGGACGCCAUCGCCAUGGUCCAGUCUCUCGACGAGGCCCAGUCCAACCCCGGCAGCGCCCCCCUUGGGAACCUGUCGUCCAUCGUCGGCUCGCGGAACAUCGCCGCCCUGCAGCGGGGCGGGCACCUGCCCACGCUGAACCCUUCCUCGCACCACCGCGCGCCCGGCAGACACGCGCAGGGCAAGCCGCAGUACCCGCCACACAGCAUGCUCCCCGUCAGGUCGUCGCCCUCGGCGGUGGCGGCACACGCACAGCAGCUACUGGAGGAUAACUGGAGCGUCUCCAAGCUGGGCUUCCAGCAUCCACACCUCACACAGACCCAGGCCAGCAUGGGGAGCAGCCGUAGCAGCGUGUCGGACAUCCCCACGCGGUCCGUGGCGGAGCGGUCGGUGGCGAGCGCUCGGAUCUACCCUACGCCGUCCUCCACGGCGGGAUCCACUGGCGGGACGUCUGCGGCGGCAUCGUUUUUCGCCAGGGCUGCCCAGAAGCUCAACCUGGCCUCCAAGAAGAGGAAGAAGCACGCCCCGGAGCCACAGCCCGAGCUUCCCGUGUUCCCCACCAACUUCAGCGACCUGCUCAAGGCCAGUCCGCCCGCCGUGCCGCCAUGUUUCCUGCGCACCAGCAGCAAGAGGGACAACCUCGGCGUGGGCAAGGUGAAAGUGAUGCUGCGCGUGUGUCCGACGGGAGAGGACAUCGCCAACUCCUCCCUGAUGGUCGACCAGCGCCGGAAACAGGUGACCCUGUACGACCCCUCCCUCAACGGGGUGUCGCACCGGAGGAUGGCCGUGGCCGCACCCAAGAUGUUCGCUUUCGACGCCAUAUUCUCAGAGGAUGCCUCUCAGGUUGAAGUGUGUUCAUCGGCACUUUCCGACAUCCUCCAGUCGGUAGUCGGUGGGGCGGACGGCUGCGUUUUCUGCUACGGACACUCGAGACUCGGAAAAACGUACACCAUGGCAGGUAACGAUGACAGCAGCCAGAGCCUGGGCGUGAUCCCCUGCUCCAUAGCCUGGCUCUUCAGGCUCAUCAACGAGCAGAAGCAGAAGACGGGAGCACGCUUCUCCGUGCGCGUGUCGGCUGUGGAGGUGUUCGGCAAGCAGGAGAACCUGAGGGACCUGCUCUCGGAACAGGCAACAGGAAGUACAGGAAGCAACGGCACAUCACCUGGUGUUUACCUCUGUGAGGACCCAGUCUUCGGCGUCCAGCUUCAGAACCAGAGCGAGCUGAGAGCUCCGACGGCAGAGAAGGCUGCCUUCUACCUGGAUGCUGCCCUCGCCGCUCGGAGUACCGCCAGAACACCCACAACAGAAAUAGGGUUACAACUUCAAGAGGAGCCUGAAGAGGAAAACAGGAACUCCCAUCUGCUCUUCACCCUGCACAUCUACCAGUACAGGAUCGACAAGUCAGGCAAGGGCGGAGUUGCUGGUGGAAGAAGCCGGUUGCACCUGAUCGAUCUGGGCAGCGGGGAGAAGUCAAGCGGGAAAGCCACGGGGAGCGUCGCCCUGACUCUCUCGGCGCUGGGAAACGUCAUCCUCGCCCUGGUCAACGGAGCCAAGCAUGUGCCUUACAGUACACUGCAGUGGUUUAAGAGCAAAUGUCUGUAA